GGAGCCUUCAUAUUAUCAAUGUGUCUGCAAUAAAGGCCCAGUGCUAUGACACUGUCAUAAUAAAGCAAGUAAACCAUUGCAGUAUUCAAGACACGCAGGCUGUUGUAGUCUUUUUAUAACCGUCACUGGUUCUGGCAAGCCUUGAUAUACUUUCUUUCUUUGAUUUGGUUUUAGUUGUAUUAAGUAGAGUUGAACUGUGAAUGCUCAGUAUGACAGAUAAUGAAUUUCAGCCAUACUCCAUGUCCUAGCUGUGAUAUCCUGCUGCAUUGUGUAGGGAAAACAGUUACUAUACCUUAAACAAGCAAGAUAUAACUGUUUGCUCUGCAAGUGCAUCUAUACUCUCUAAAACAUACCUGGUUGAUUCCUUUCAUAGAAGUAUAUAUGAACUAUUCAAUAUAUGAAUUACUUUAUGUAUGAACUGGCUGUUGCAAAAUUCACAGAAACUCUAAAGCCAAUUUCUUUCAUCUUGGCAUUAGUGGACUUCUGCAGUGGAGAUCCUUGUGGACAAAAUUCGGCUACAUGUAUUUCCUUAAACAGCAAUUAUACUUGUGUGUGCCAAUAUGGAUUCUACUACAGCAAUGAGAACUGUCACAGAGGGAAAGUAUUCCCAGCAACCAUUGGAGUGAACACAAAUUACACUAGUAGUCUUCAAGAUGUAAAUUCUACAGAGUAUGAAGAGAUGUUCACCAUGCUAUCACAAUUUUUUAGAGAGGCCUUUGAAAAUCUAAGCUAUGUAGAAACUGUCAUCUUGAAAAUUCGAUCUUCAAGCAAAAGCAGAAAUUCUGUUCCAGUGCAUGUAACAGUGUCAAACCUCUUCAUGUUGAACUCAUCUGCAGAUAAUGCCACAGUUUAUUCUGCAAUAACAGCUGCAAUAGAGAAUGGAAACUAUUCAUAUGUGCAUUCUUAUGCCGUGGAAAAAAAUUGUGAUAUUUAUGAAUGUGAUGAUAAAACCACAGUGUGUGAAGAGGACGGAGGGUUUCCAGAAUGCAGAUGCAAACCCGAUUUAGCAAAGACAGAAUGGGAUGAUCGUUCUUGUUCAGUUUGCAAUGUAACCUGUUCCGUAGAGGCAAAAAAGCACUGUGUAAAAGAAAAUGAUGUUCCAGCAUGCAAAUGUAUGCCUAACUUUAAAAAUGAGUCUGGAGACUGUGUGGCUUGUUCAUUGGGCUACUCUGGGGAGGAAUGCACUGACAAUACCAAACUCAUUCUUAUAAUAGUGGGCACAGUGCUUGGAGCCAUUAUCCUGAUUUUGGUGAUAGCAGUCUCUGUUGUUUCAGUCAGAGCAAAAGACAAGCAAAAUCCAGAGAAGAGGAGCCUGGUAAAGUCAGGGUAUUCUGACAUGAAUACCUCUGAUGAUAGACCAAGCAUGUUCCCGAGGGUCCAGACCACUUCUGGCCAUGCAAACCCAGGAUAUCAGCCAAACAACCCCUAUGAGAUGCGUUCCAAUUAUAGAGAUCGUUUUCCAGAGAGGGAUUAUGAUGAUUUGUACGACAUAUCACGGGAGCCCAGGGGCUUCAGGAUGCAGAGCAGAUACUGAGUGACCAGAGCAGUAGAAGAUGACUGCCACAACACUGGGUCAGAGCAAAGAGUUUCACAGCCUCUCACCAAUGCAGUUACUUCAGCAGAAGAGACAACAAUGUCCUUAACCCCAGAUUCUCUCAAGAUUUUCUAGAGGAAGACUCCUGCUUGAAAGAGAUCAUGGACAACUUUGAAAUAAAGGAUAAAUGUUAGAGAGUAAGGAGAAGAAGACUUAUUUUAAAAGAACUAAUGUGCUCCCAUAAACAUUAGACUUCUUCAACGAGGCCAGUACAUUGGCAAGAGAGUCAGUGUACACAAGAUAUCAGGAUUUUAACCCUGCUGGUUUUCAGUUCUUCUGGAAGAUGGUCCAGGCAAUAUGUGUGAUGCUUAAAACCAUCAGUACCCCUAGCUUCACUUGGAUUUAUGCUCACCUAAUUUAAACUACAGCUUUGGGCAGAUGAAAACUGUUUUUCAUGAGAACCUGACCUGUUUCACUUUACUAUAUUAGAUACAGGUUUUUUCACCCUCCUCAACCCCCCAGUAUUUCCCAUCUGAAAGCAUUCUGUUCAGAUCUCUGCUGACAUGGGGUGUGUGAGACAAUGGCCCUUGUCUGACCUUUUCCACAGCUUCCUUCCCAAUACAAUGGCAAGAUACAAUAUCUUCAAACAAACACUAUUCUUCUUCAUCUUGCAAAACUGCAUUGAUUUUACAUUUUUAGCAUCUGUGGAAAGUGCUAGCACUUUUUUUUCCUUUGCAGUCUUUAUGUUUGAAUGAUAAUAAGCUUGGUGUUUGGGAUUUCUUAAAAUUUCUUAUAUACAGUCAAUAAAUCUGUCUGUAAAAUAA